GCUCAUUGUUUUUUCUCAGCUUUUUUUUUAUUAAGAGGAGGCCUAAGCCCAAUUACAAAGUAACUCUCCGGGGGAGAAGAACACACACAAAAUCAGCCCAAUACAGGCAGUAGGAGGUUCAUUCAAAAGAUUGAGCUAAAGGCCAACUCAACCAUCGAAUUUGUUGGUGAUUGAAAGAGAAGGAAGAAGAAGCAGGAAAUGGAAGCAGUGAGAGCUGGUCGAGAAGGAGCAAUAGGUCUAGGUCAAGGUGAUGGCGUAGCCAAGGACAGCACUGAGACUGAACUCACCAAAAUCCGUCUCCUCAGGGCAAUUGUUGAAACCCGUGAUCCCUCUUCCAAGAUCUAUUGUAGCCAGGAAGAGGAUGAUUUUAUGAUUAGAAGAUUCCUGCGUGCUCGUGAUUUAGAUGUAGAGAAGGCUUCGGCAAUGCUCCUCAAGUACUUGAAAUGGAGAAAUUCAUUUGUUCCAAAUGGCUCUGUAUCUGUGUCAGAUGUUCCUAACGAACUUGCACAAGAUAAGGUGUUCAUGCAAGGACACGACAAGAUAGGUCGACCUAUACUUAUGGUCUUCGGUGGAAGACAUUUUCAGAACAAGGAUGGUCUUGAUGAAUUCAAGCGAUUUGUUGUUUAUGUUCUUGAUAAAGUAUGUGCAAGUAUGCCACCUGGGCAAGAAAAGUUUGUCGGUAUAGCAGAACUUAAGGGAUGGGGAUACUCAAACAGUGACGUGCGUGGAUAUCUUAGUGCUCUAUCCAUUUUGCAGGAUUACUACCCAGAGAGAUUGGGGAAGUUGUUUAUUGUGAACGCACCAUACAUCUUUAUGAAAGUGUGGCAAAUUGUUUACCCAUUCAUUGACAACAAAACCAAGAAAAAGAUAGUAUUUGUGGAGAAAAAUAAGGUGAAAUCAACACUGCUAGAAGAGAUGGAGGAAAGUCAGGUCCCAGAGAUAUUCGGUGGCUCACUGCCAUUAGUCCCAAUUCAAGAUAGCUAAUUAAUUAAGUAACCGCUGACAGAAUAAGGAGAGGCGGGCCUAAAAAUAAAUAUUGUUAUUUCUUAUUUAUGUGUUUCUAUGCCGUUUUCUUUUUACCCAAUUACUUUACACUGUUGUAUCAGCUAUCAAUAUUCAGUAGUAAAUGAGUACGAUUUUUUUUUCCUA